CUGUCCCACGGCGGCAGCAGCUAUGUCCGCGCUGCGAUCUCUUCUGCUUCUGCUGCUGCCUCUGAGUCUUGGUCCUGGUCCUGGUCCUGGACCCGGGAGCGAGGCAAAGGUCACCCGGAGUUGCACUGAGACUCGGCAGGUGCUGGGGGCCCGGGGAUAUAGCUUAAGCCUACUCCCUCCCGUCCUGAUCUCAGGUGAGCACCUCCGGAUCUGUCCCCAGGAGUACACCUGCUGUUCCAGUGAGAUAGAGCAGAGGCUGACCUGGGAGACUGAGGCUACCUUCCGAGGCCUGGUGGAGGAGAGCGGCUCCUUCCUAGUUCACACACUGGCUGCCAGGCACAGAAAAUUUGAUGAGGUUUUUCGGGAGAUGCUCUCAUCAUCUGAGCACUCCCUGGCCCUGCUCUUCCAACGCUCCUAUGGCCGCCUGUAUUCCCAGUACAGCCCCUUAUUCAGUGGCCUGUUCUCUCGGCUGCGGGACUACUAUGAGAGGUCCAGUGAGGGGUUAGAUGAUGCAUUGGUGGAUUUCUGGGCACAGCUCCUGGAGAGAAUGUUCCCCCUGCUGCACCCACAGUACAUCUUCUCCCCUGACUACCUGUUCUGCCUCACGCGCCUCGCCUCCUCUGCUGAUGACUCUCUGAAGCCUUUUGGGGACUCACCCCGCCGCCUCCGCCUGCAGAUAACCCGGGCGUUGGUGGCUGCCCGCGCCUUUAUCCAGGGCCUGGAGACUGGAAGAGAUGUGGUCAGAGAGGCACUUAAGGUGCCGAUGUCUGAAGGCUGCAGGCGGGCUGUGAUGCGUCUGACAGGCUGCCCCCUUUGUCGAGGGGUCCCCUCACUGCCACCCUGCCGGGGCUUCUGCCUCAAUGUGGCCCAUGGCUGUCUCAGCAGCCAGGGAAUGGAUCCUGACUGGGGGGCCUAUCUGGAUGGUCUCCUCUUCCUGGCUGAGAAGCUCCAGGGCCCCUUUUCCUUUGAGCUGGCAGCCCAGUCCAUCGGGGUGAAGAUCUCAGAGGGUUUGAUGUAUCUGCAGGAAAACAGUGUGGGGGUGUCAGCCCAGGUGUUUCAGGAAUGCGGGAGCCCGCAGCCGGCGCCGGCCCGCGCCCGCCGAGCCCCAGCCCCCCGGGAAGAGGCAGACCGGCUCUGGACGGCGGCGGCGGCGGAGGAGCGGCCCACGACGGCUGCGGGCACCAGCCUGCCCCGGCUGGUGUGGGAGCUCCGCGAGCGGCUGGGCCGGGUGAGGGGCUUCUGGGCCGGGCUGCCCCUGACGGUGUGCGGGGACCCCCGCAUGGCGGCGGACAUCUCGCAGGAGGCGGCGCCGUGCUGGACCGGAGCCGAGCGGGGCCGGUACUUGUCGCCCGUGGUCGGGGGCUCCCAGACCGAGCAGCUCAACAACCCAGAGCUGGAUGCGGAAUCCUCGAGCCCCGACCUCCAGACGAGGAGGCGGCGGCUGCAGCUCCGCGCGGCCACGACCAGGAUGAGGGCGGCCGCCCUGGGACGCGACCUGGACCUGGAGGACUGGGAUGAGGAUGCCAGCGGCUCUGGAGAGGGACAGCACUAUGCAGAUGACUGGAUGGCUGGGGCAGCAGCUGUGGCACCCCCAGCCCGGCCUCCUCGCCCUCCUCGAAGGGACGGUGCUGGGGGCAAAGGAGGAGGUGUCAUUGUCCGCCACAACCAGGGCAAGACCAGGACUGGGGGGACAUCCGUUGGUUUUCACACCCAACCCAUCCUCAUUCUCUUCCUCUCAGCACUGGCCCUGCUUGGACCUCGAUAACAGGGGAGGGGUGCCCUAGCAUCAGAAGGGUUCAUUGCCCUUCCUCUCCUCCCCCCUCAGCUGGGUCUGGGGAGGAGUCAAAGGGGGCUACAGAGAGGGUAGAGAAGGGACUUUUUGGGUGAAUGGCUGGGGCCCCAAAUCGAGGAGAUACCCAUUGGUGAGUUAAGGGGGAAGUGUUCACAAUAUUUAUUUUUUCAUUUGG